UCUUUGCUCCGCCAUAUUACCAAUCACUCAUUUGACCAAUCAUUACCGUUCCAAGCCAGGAACCAACCAUAAGACCCGUCAUUAGCACUCAUUCAAUGCUCGUGCCGCCUAUGAACUUCGGACUUGUCGAGGAGGGGAUCUACCGCUGUGGCAAGCUCGAACAGAUCAACAAUGCCUUCUUAGAGACCUUGCAGCUCAAAUCGGUGAUUCUCCUCGACGCGGAAAAGCCACCACGCCAGCUCAGGGUGUUUUUCGAGAACAACGAGACGGAUAUUUACCACUUGGGCGGGUUCAGUAUCUCUUCGUCCUUUGCGAAGAAGAGCGGGGACGGCGAAGACGACGAAAAGGCCCACGUUUCCACCACAAACACGUCCAAGGCCAGCUCCAAAGAAAACCUCCAGCUUUCGGGGUUUAAUUCCGAGGAGUUUACCAGCAUGCCCUCCAAGAACGAAGAGUGGAUGGUGAUCAAAGGCCUGAUCAUUGCCAAGGUGUUUGAGUUGCUUCUCAACCGGAGGCUCUUCAAUGUGUUGCUUGUAGACUCCACUGAGACGCUUGUGGGGGUUUUGCGCAAGAUCCAGCGCUGGAACUACACCAGCAUCAUCAACGAGUACCGGUUGUACGCCGGGAACAAGUCCAACUACUUUGCAGAGAACUUUUUGGAGAUGGUCAGGGUGGAGUUGCUUCCACAUACGUCCAUCACCCCAAAAGAGCCGGAAAAGACGAGCGAGCAGUCUAACGAAGCCCCAAAGCCACCAUCCCCCGUGCAAGAGCUCCCGCCAGUCAAAGCAAAGAGGAAGAGUAUCGACGAAGCGUGGGAUAAGAGAGGCGAAACAGAUGACGAAGACGAGGGCCAUAUGUCUGGCUCGCCCAAGAUUCCAUCGGCCUUGCUCCGUAUCGUAGAGCUUCGCAAGCAGAAAAAGAGCCAGGAGAAGCAGGAACAACAACAGAAGGAACAGGAGCAACUACAACUACAGCAAAAAGAGUUACAGAAGCAGCAGCUUCUUGCUGGUCCCCAAUCGUUUACAUACUACAAGUCUUGGAACGAUAGUGACGUGAAAUUCAGUAAGGUGGGUGUCACCAAGAUGAAGCUUCCUAAGGAGGAAGACUUGCCCAGCUGGUUCGUCAGACAAAGAGACUUCUGGGAGAAGAAUCUUAAUAUCAAAGGUGAGACAUACUAGAUCCAUAGUAAGACCCAGGG